AUGGGCUGUUCCCCAUCCAAGGGUCAGCUUUUCCCCGGGGUCGCAGAUGGGAUCCACAAGGAUCCGCUGCCAGGACCACCAAAGUUGGAAGACAUCAAACCUGUUGAGGGAGAAAACCAAGAUAUUGACGAUAUGGAUAUUGACAAAGAAUUAGAGGAAUUCUCAUUAUCAGAGGUGAAUCCUAUGGCCCCUCUGGGCAAAGUGUCGGACAUGGCCCCCAACACAGCCGUUGUGUCAAACCCAGGGGCUGUCUCUGAAAUCGAGGUCAAAAUGACGUCUCAGGUGAGAGACAUACAGAGUGAGAAAUUACUGGAAAAGCAGGUGAAAAAGGUAGAGCAGCGAAGGAAAAAUAAGGGCGUCAAACAGGGUCGCCGAAAAGAAAAGGAGAUAAAUACCUCCAUCGUGCAGGGGAAGGUGGACCUCCCCAUGCACAUUGUGAGAGCUCACCAGGCCGCCUACAAAUACCUGAACCCCAACAUCUCCAAGUGUGAGACCCUGCUGGAGAUGCUGGACCAGGUGGCCCAGACCCACCUCUCCCUGCAGCCCAUCAUAACAGUCAUUGUAAUGUGCUUUGAGGAGGUCAACCAGGCCCUAGAGGAGAUGGCUGAUGAUGGCGAGCUGAUGCUGAAGGAACAUGGCAACCACAUGGCCUGGCCCUCCGAGACAAGGGCCCCAUAUCCCAUCCCUGCCAAGCCCAGUGCUGACCCAUCAGAACCCCCGCCAGACCUGCUGCAGCAGCUGCUCCAGGAUUCCACUGAAAAGUUUAAGCUGGUGGGGAGCUCGGUCCAAGUCCUGGGAGACACCGCACUGGAAGAUGCGGCAGACUACUUUGCCUCGCUAUCUAAACUACUGGGCAAGAGGCUGCAGGCCAAGCGAGCGGUAGAGGAGCGUCUGAGCCAGGUGCUGGCAUGCGUGGAGGCAGCCGCCAAGUGCAACCUCGAUGACUUGUCUCUUCACAGCUUGGACAGCGGCAUUGGGGGAGAGAAUGAGUCGCUGACGGGAUCAGAGCGUCAACGUCGCCAACGGGGGAGUUCUGGGCCCGGUGGCAGUGCUCGCCCCACACCCCUAAGCCAUUCACCUGACAAGGUAUGCCUUAAUAAAGGUGAGGAGGAAAAUGAGGAAGUGGAUGAUGAUGAAGAUGAGGAGGAUGAAGAGAGGUCAGGGAGGGUGCGGUCCAACUCUUCCUCGUCAGAACCCAUUCAGACCCCCAAGCGCAGUGAGAGGCAGCCACCCAAACAACCCCAGACCGCUGCCCCCUUGGGCAGGCCAGUGAGACCGCCACACUCACAGUCCAUAGAAUCUUUCGAUGUUCAGGAGCUGCAACAGAAAGACCUGGACCAGCGGAUGGGAGACGACACUCUGAGGAGACACUCUUCAGGAAGGAGGAAGGUUUCUAGAUAUGAACUCAAAGGGUCCGCGAAGGCAAACCAAACACCAACUUCUCUACCAGCGAUAGCACCACAACCCCCUGGCCGCAACUCCGUCAAAAGACUCAUAAACACAUUCAGCGGUGGGACGGAUGUAGGACAAGUCCAAAGUCUCACUAGUACACACCUUAGGGGGUCUAGGAGGAGUGAAACUCCAGGUCCUCCCUGGCCAGUGGAAGGCAGGGAGGACCUAGACGUGGACUACCUGCCCCCACCUCCCCCUGAGGUCCUGAUGGACAACUCCUAUGAGAGCAACGAGGAGAACCCUGAUGAUCUGGGCGGGGAAGAGGAGGCCAUCACCAGUAGGGGCCACCCUGUGCCACACCAAACAAGCGCCACCUGUCAGCGCCUGAGGGCCUCGUUGCAGACCAUGACGGUUCUGCCCAACCGUGGCAGUGUCGGACCAAUCAGGCAAGAUACCUUGGUGAGGGGAGAUCAUCAGGCUACAUCGCUAUACAGUCAGGCCUGCAAGAUCAUCCACCUGCGCAAUGCAACUGAAUCCACUCCUACGAGACCUGAUCAGGGGGUUCGAGGACCCCUUAGAGCUGGGGUGAGCCUCAGGCAAGGAAGCAGCAACCACUAUGGGGGGGAGUAUUACCCCACCAGCAUGCCACCAACCAUCCCAACAGUCUACAGAGUUCGCCUACCACCCUCUUGUCCCUCUAUUCACCAAGAACUAUCAAUCCCCCCUGCUUUAUCACAGCCUAAUCCACCUUCACGUCCAUCCUCACCCCGGGUCCUGAGAUUGAGCACAAAGAAGAGUGGUGAAGAAGACAGGUCACCCUCAGUGUCCUUCAAUGAUGCCCGAUCGGUGUUCUGUCAAAAUAGCCAAUCGAACUCCCAGAUCUGGACCCCCAGCUCUACGCUACCCAGGGCCUAUGGUGAGCCCUCCCGGGGAAGGCUGUCCACACGAGGGUUCCAGACUGUCAGUAGGCGCAGCCAGUCUGACCAGAGACCCAGCCUGAUGACACAACAAGACGAAUCCCUUGUCCCAGGCACAUCACAGGCCAGGACUGGAGGAAGUGCGUCAAAUAUCACCAAUUACAGUGAGAGGUGA